AUGCACACACCUGAUCGUAGACUUCAGUCUUCACAGAUCUCUUCUUUGCUGGUCAGCAAUGUAUCGGCCAGCUGUGGUGAGGACUAGGAAAAGAGUUUGUUUGGAGCCCUGGGUGAUUGGCCUCAUCACCUUUAUAUCUCUGAUUGUCCUGGCGGUGUGCAUUGGACUAAUUGUUCAUUAUGUGAGAUACAACCAAAGGAAGACCUACAAUUACUAUAGCACAUUGUCAUUCACAAGUGACAAACUAUAUGAUGAAUUUGGAAGAGAGGCUUCUAAUAAUUUUACAGAAAUGAGCCAGAGACUUGAAUCAAUGGUGAAAAAUGCAUUUUAUAAAUCUCCAUUAAGGAGAGAAUUUGUCAAGUCUCACGUUAUCAAGUUCAGUCAAGAGAAACAUGGAGUGUUGGCUCAUAUGCUGCUGACGUGUAGAUUUCGCUCUACUGAGGAUCCUGAAACCGUAAACAGAAUUGUUCAACGUGUUCUACAUGAAAAGCUUCAAGAUGCUGUAGGACCCCCUAAAGUGGAUCCUGACUCAGUUGAAAUUAUAAAAAUCAACAAGACAGAAACAGACAACUAUCUGAACAAUUGCUGUGGGACACGAAGGAGUAAACCUGCGAGACAAAGCGUCAGGAUCGUUGGUGGAACAGAGGCAGAAGAGGGUGAAUGGCCAUGGCAAACAAGCCUGCAGUGGGAUGGGACUCAUCGCUGUGGAGCAACUUUAAUUAAUACCAAAUGGCUUGUGAGUGCUGCUCACUGUUUUAGAAUGUAUAAGGACCCAGCCAGAUGGACUGCUUCCUUUGGAGUAAGAAUAAAUCCUCCAAAAAUGAAACAUGGCCUCCGGAGGAUAAUCGUCCAUGAAAAAUAUAAGUACCCAUCACAUGACUAUGAUAUUGCACUUGCCGAGCUUUCUAGCCCUGUUCCCUACACAAAUGCAGUACAUAGAGUUUGUCUCCCUGAUGCAUCCCAUGAGUUCCACCCAGGUGAUAGGAUGUUUGUGACAGGUUUUGGAGCACUGCAAAAUGAUGGUAAUAGUGAAAAUCAUCUUCGGCAAGCAGAGGUGACUCUCAUAGACACUAAAACCUGCAAUGAACCUCAAGCUUACGAUGGUGCCAUAACUCCUAGAAUGUUAUGUGCUGGCUCCUUAAAAGGAAAAAGAGAUGCGUGCCAGGGUGACUCUGGAGGACCCCUGGUUGUUUCAGAUGCCAGAGAUAUUUGGUACCUUGUUGGAAUAGUGAGCUGGGGAGAUGAGUGUGCAAAACCCAAUAAGCCUGGUGUAUAUACUAGAGUGACUGCCUUGAGGGACUGGAUUACUUCCAAAACUGGUAUCUAAGAGAAAACAAAAACAGAAGCAAAAACACCUGGCAGAAUGGAACAUAUAUUUUGUGUAGAGGCCAUUUUUAGAGAUACAGAAUUGGAGAAGAAAACUUGCAAAUCACCCAGCUCUGACUGGUCUCACUGAUCUGUUUCUGAUG